AUGAAUUUAAUAGCGCUGUUGGUUUUAUUCGUUGUUCAUACAUCUCGGACAUUGGACAAUGGCCUUGUGCGGACCCCGCCAAUGGGCUGGCUAAGCUGGAUGACGUUCAUGUGCGAGACGGACUGUCAGCGUCAUCCGCUGCGAUGUAUCAGCGAGCGGCUGUACAUGCAGAUGGCGGAUCUGUUGAAAAGUGAAGGAUAUGCGGAGGUUGGCUACGAAUUCGUCAAUAUAGAUGACUGCUGGUCAGAAAGGAAACGUAACGAAGACGGCACGCUUGAACCGGAUCAUGACCGCUUCCCAUCCGGUAAUUUUUAG